AUGUGGAUCCUCUCAGAUCACCAACCUUGUGAAAUUGACAUCCCCGGCGUUCUUCCAUCAGCAGAGAAGAUGGAGGAGUGGAACCAACUUUCUGCAAACAAUCUUAUCACCGACACAGAAAUGGUAUACGAGUAUCAACAUGAUUCCGGCGUAGAUUCUCCCCUAGAAAAUCUCCUUGACCUGCUUCCUGUGUACCCGGAAGAGGACGCGCUCUUGGAGACCAUAGCGGCCAUGGACAUACCAGAUCCGCUGGACAUUGACUUGAAUCCUUCAGAUUUCCUUCUGCUUACCUACCAGCGACCCACCAGCUUCCCGUCGAAGCUCGAAUAUCUCCUUGGCCUGCCUCUAUUUGAGGACCUAGAAGAAGGCGCGUUCUUCGAGAACUUAGCAGCCAUGGAGAUACUAGAUCCACUGGAUAUUGUAACUCACAUGACAGCUGUGAGCCGGAAUCGUUGA